AUGGUGAACCAUGGCGCUGCCACCCUCCUCCUGAUCGCGUCCCUCCUCGUGGCAGUCGCCCUGUCCGGGGCUGACGCAGGGCUCACCGCCGUGCGCCACAACGAGGCAGCGGCCCUCCGUGGGGCCAAGGCCAACGCGAGGCUCACCGGGCGCAUCACAAGGUUCACCGUGCGCCGCGACGCACAAGGAGGUGACGUGUUGGUGGCGAAGGCUGCGCCGGUGCCGGAGCUGACAUGCACCAAUGUGCACGGAGUGCAGGCGGGCGAGACGUGCUUUUCCGUGGGGCAGGGCGCGGGGCUGACCCAAGAGCAGUUCCUCGGCUUCAACCCCAACAUCAACUGCGAGAAGAUAUUUGUCGGCCAGUGGGUCUGCCUUCAAGCCACAUCCGCUUAA